AUGGGAACGAGGCCAUGGGAACGAGGCCAUGGGAACGAGGCCAUGGGAACGAGGCCAUGGGAACGAGGCCAUGGGAACGAGGCCAUGGGAACGAGGCCAUGGGAACGAGGCCAUGGGAACGAGGCCAUGGGAACGAGGCCAUGGGAACGAGGCCAUGGGAACGAGGCCAUGGGAACGAGGCCAUGGGAACGAGGCCAUGGGAACGAGGCCAUGGGAACGAGGCCAUGGGAACGAGGCCAUGGGAACGAGGCCAUGGGAACGAGGCCAUGGGAACGAGGCCAUGGGAACGAGGCCAUGGGAACGAGGCCAUGGGAACGAGGCCAUGGGAACGAGGCCAGCCAUGAAAACGAGGCCAUGGGAACGAGGCCAUGGGAACGAGGCCAUGGGAACGAGGCCAUGGGAACGAGGCCAUGGGAACGAGGCCAUGGGAACGAGGCCAUGGGAACAAGGACAUGGGAACGAGGCCAUGGGAUUGAGGCCAUGGGAACGAGGCCAUGGGAACGAGGCCAUGGGAACGAGGCCAUGGGAACGAGGCCAUGGGAACGAGGCCAUGGGAACGAGGCCAUGGGAACGAGGCCAUGGGAACGAGGCCAUGGGAACGAGGCCAUGGGAACGAGGCCAUGGGAACGAGGCCAUGGGAACGAGGCCAUGGGAACGAGGCCAUGGGAACGAGGCCAUGGGAACGAGGCCAUGGGAACGAGGCCAUGGGAACGAGGCCAUGGGAACGAGGCCAUGGGAACGAGGCCAUGGGAACGAGGCCAUGGGAACGAGGCCAUGGGAACGAGGCCAUGGGAACGAGGCCAUGGGAACGAGGCCAUGGGAACGAGGCCAUGGGAACGAGGCCAUGGGAACGAGGCCAUGGGAACGAGGCCAUGGGAACGAGGCCAUGGGAACGAGGCCAUGGGAACGAGGCCAUGGGAACGAGGCCAUGGGAACGAGGCCAUGGGAACGAGGCCAUGGGAACGAGGCCAUGGGAACGAGGCCAUGGGAACGAGGCCAUGGGAACGAGGCCAUGGGAACGAGGCCAUGGGAACGAGGCCAUGGGAACGAGGCCAUGGGAACGAGGCCAUGGGAACGAGGCCAUGGGAACGAGGCCAUGGGAACGAGGCCAUGGGAACGAGGCCAUGGGAACGAGGCCAUGGGAACGAGGCCAGCCAUGAAAACGAGGCCAUGGGAACGAGGCCAUGGGAACGAGGCCAUGGGAACGAGGCCAUGGGAACGAGGCCAUGGGAACGAGGCCAUGGGAACGAGGCCAUGGGAACGAGGCCAUGGGAACGAGGCCAUGGGAACGAGGCCAUGGGAUUGAGGCCAUGGGAACGAGGCCAUGGGAACGAGGCCAUGGGAACGAGGCCAUGGGAACGAGGCCAUGGGAUUGAGGCCAUGGGAACGAGGCCAUGGGAACGAGGCCAUGGGAACGAGGCCAUGGGAACGAGGCCAUGGGAACGAGGCCAUGGGAACGAGGCCAUGGGAACGAGGCCAUGGGAACGAGGCCAUGGGAACGAGGCCAUGGGAACGAGGCCAUGGGAACGAGGCCAUGGGAACGAGGCCAUGGGAACGAGGCCAUGGGAACGAGGCCAUGGGAACGAGGCCAUGGGAACGAGGCCAUGGGAACGAGGCCAUGGGAACGAGGCCAUGGGAACGAGGCCAUGGGAACGAGGCCAUGGGAACGAGGCCAUGGGAACGAGGCCAUGGGAACGAGGCCAUGGGAACGAGGCCAUGGGAACGAGGCCAUGGGAACGAGGCCAUGGGAACGAGGCCAUGGGAACGAGGCCAUGGGAACGAGGCCAUGGGAACGAGGCCAUGGGAACGAGGCCAUGGGAACGAGGCCAUGGGAACGAGGCCAUGGGAACGAGGCCAUGGGAACGAGGCCAUGGGAACGAGGCCAUGGGAACGAGGCCAUGGGAACGAGGCCAUGGGAACGAGGCCAUGGGAACGAGGCCAUGGGAACGAGGCCAUGGGAACGAGGCCAUGGGAACGAGGCCAUGGGAACGAGGCCAUGGGAACGAGGCCAUGGGAACGAGGCCAUGGGAACGAGGCCAUGGGAACGAGGCCAUGGGAACGAGGCCAUGGGAACGAGGCCAUGGGAACGAGGCCAUGGGAACGAGGCCAUGGGAACGAGGCCAUGGGAACGAGGCCAUGGGAACGAGGCCAUGGGAACGAGGCCAUGGGAACGAGGCCAUGGGAACGAGGCCAUGGGAACGAGGCCAUGGGAACGAGGCCAUGGGAACGAGGCCAUGGGAACGAGGCCAUGGGAACGAGGCCAUGGGAACGAGGCCAUGGGAACGAGGCCAUGGGAACGAGGCCAUGGGAACGAGGCCAUGGGAACGAGGCCAUGGGAACGAGGCCAUGGGAACGAGGCCAUGGGAACGAGGCCAUGGGAACAAGGCCAGCCAUGGGAACGAGGCCAUGGGAACGAGGCCAUGGGAACGAGGCCAUGGGAACGAGGCCAUGGGAACGAGGCCAUGGGAACGAGGCCAUGGGAACGAGGCCAUGGGAACGAGGCCAUGGGAACGAGGCCAUGGGAACGAGGCCAUGGGAACGAGGCCAUGGGAACGAGGCCAUGGGAACGAGGCCAUGGGAACGAGGCCAUGGGAACGAGGCCAUGGGAACGAGGCCAUGGGAACGAGGCCAUGGGAACGAGGCCAUGGGAACGAGGCCAUGGGAACGAGGCCAUGGGAACGAGGCCAUGGGAACGAGGCCAUGGGAACGAGGCCAUGGGAACGAGGCCAUGGGAACGAGGCCAUGGGAACGAGGCCAUGGGAACGAGGCCAUGGGAACGAGGCCAUGGGAACGAGGCCAUGGGAACGAGGCCAUGGGAACGAGGCCAUGGGAACGAGGCCAUGGGAACGAGGCCAUGGGAACGAGGCCAUGGGAACGAGGCCAUGGGAACGAGGCCAUGGGAACGAGGCCAUGGGAACGAGGCCAUGGGAACGAGGCCAUGGGAACGAGGCCAUGGGAACGAGGCCAUGGGAACGAGGCCAUGGGAACGAGGCCAUGGGAACGAGGCCAUGGGAACGAGGCCAUGGGAACGAGGCCAUGGGAACGAGGCCAUGGGAACGAGGCCAUGGGAACGAGGCCAUGGGAACGAGGCCAUGGGAGGGGUAG